AUGUGCGCGGAUCGUAUCCCGUUUCGUGUCUUACAAGCAGGUAAUGAUGGCAUUGAUGCGGAUGAGGUUGGUGCCACGGAGGAUGUCAGGCUCAUGAUAGCAAGACCCACCAAGACGACGCGUCGUCGAGAUGGUACCAGAGCCAGCGGUCUCGUUUCCUCAUAUACGACUGGCUUGCAUGGUAGGGGUCAGCGUAGGCGCAGUCGACACCCGCGGAAGGUCAAAGAGGAAAGUGGUGCUUCGGACAAGGCUCCUGUUAGUCAGAAGCUUGAAAGGACCAAGGAAGUUGAUGACGAUCAGGUCGUCCUUCUACCCACUCCAGCUUUCGUUCAACAGGCUUCUGCUGCCAAGUGUAUUGGCGAAGUGGAUCACUUUGAAUGUCUUCAAUCACUGAUUUUUCCUAAGCUCAUUACCUUAUCCAAAUUCAAAACCGUUCUCUCGACUUUUACCUUAGCUUGUGAAGUUAAUAAAAAAGUGUUUUCUUGUUGCUUCGGCACCUUCUGA